GGGAGCCGCUGUCACAUGAUCGCGAUCGCAGGAGCCGGAAGUGGAGGCGAAGCCGUCGCCGGUGUCGAGAGGGCAGCGGCGGGAUGCCGUCACUUCCGUCGUGCUGUGCACGUCACUUCCGAAUCCUGGCGCGGGAUGGCUGGCGCGCGCGGGCGGGUCUCCCGGAGCCGGCGGGGGCCCAUGGCGGCUGGGAAGGGGGCGCUGGGGCUCCGCGCCCCCGAGGAGGCGGUGAACCGCUGGGUGCUGCAGUUCUACUUCCACCAGGCCGUGGGGGCCUAUCGGGCCCGCCGGAACCGGGACUUCCGCGAGUUCCGCGACGUGAUGCAGGCUCUGCUGCUGCGGCCCCUGGUUAAGGAACCUGCAAUCUCCCGGCUGCUCCGGAUUAUGCAGUUUCUUUCAAGAAUUGAGGAGGGAGAGAACCUAGAUUGCACCUUUGAUACAGAAUCAGAGCUCACCCCUCUUGAAUCUGCAAUCGGUGUGCUGGAGCUGAUUGAGAGAGAAUUUCCUGUGUCUGAGGUGGCAAUGGAAUCUGUUAGAAAAAUGGUGAAGCAAGCUGCUGUUAUCAUUUGUAUCAAAAAGAGGGAGUUUGAUAAAGCCUCAAAAAUUCUGAAAAAAAACAUGGCAAAGGAUCCCAGCACCCAGAAACUGAGGACAGAGUUGCUCAGCAUUAUCCGUGAGAAGAAUUUGUCUCAUACGAUGAUCCGAAAUUUUUCCUACAAGACUUUUCAACAGAGUGCGUUCCAGUUCUUGGAGACCUACCUGGAGGAUUCAGAGCCCUUUCUCUUGACUAUGGCGAAAAAGACUUUGAAUUCAGAAUAUAUUGAUGAAACUAAGAAGCUGGCAUUAGUUCCAGAGCCUGUGGAAGCAGCGGCUCCAAAGCCUGUGGAAGUAGCUAAGCAACCAUCAGUGGCGGCUCCAGACAGUGUGGAACUAGCUAAGCAACCAUCAGUGGCGGCUCCAGACAGUGUGGAAGUAGCUAAGCAACCACCAGCGGCGGCUCCAGACAGUGUGGAAGUAGCCAAGCAACCACCAGCAGUGGCUCCAGACAGUGUGGAAAUGUCUUCAAAGGACUCUGAGAGGCAGCCGUCUGGAACUGUAACCACAUAUGGGAUUUCUGCUCUGAGAGAAGCUUUCAAGACCUUGUCAAAUUCCCAAGAUUCUGAUGCAGCCUUUACCAAACUGGAUGAAACAGACUUUUCUUUCCCCAAGCAAUUGUCCCCUUCUGUAUCCCACAGACUCAAGAGGCAGAGAGAAGAGGAGAAUCCACCCUUGGAGACCUCUGAGACUUCAGACAUUCCUAAAUCACCUCCAAAGAGUAAACGCUUGUUGACUAUAAGCAGACUGAUUAUGGAGCAGGACAGCCAGAGCACUGAGCUGAGUGAGACUCCAGACUCAUCCCAGGAGCCAGUGGUAUCUUCUGCAUUCGGGACUCUUGUUCAAAAGCCACAUGUUCAGUGUGUGUCUUCCAGAAGUCCCAAGCCACUGAAAGCAAGAUGGAACACCUCGAAUGGGCAAGAAGAAAAGGACACUUGGAGUGAGGAAGAUGAGCUCUUCCUGGACAAGAAGUCCCCUGGAAGAAAUAGCCACAGCUCUUCAAGCCUCGGUUCCAAGAAGCAGAGAUGGACAGUACAGGAAAGCGAGUGGAUCAGAGAAGGAGUGAAGAAGUUUGGAGAAGGGAACUGGAAAAUCAUUUGCAAUAAGUUCCCCUUUGAGAACCGCACCGCGGUGAUGAUUAAGGAUCGCUGGCGGACCAUGAAAAAGCUGGGACUCCACUGAAAACAGCAGUUGAGGAACUCUUAGAGUGAUACGUGCUCUCAUUUCUCUCCAAAAGAUGGACCAAAGCAACAACUCCCAUGGGAGGAAGUUUGUAGCCCCCUUCCUAGCAAUGUGAUAGGAAUGAUGUGGAGACUUCUUAUGGCUGCUUGGGAGAGCUGAAUGCUACAGCUGGAAGAAGCAAAGUUUAACUAGAGCUUGGGAAACCUUCCUAGUUCUUGUAUUUACCUGGAGUCACUAAAUUUAGAUCUUUGUCAACAGGAGCAACACAGCCUGAGUAACUAUGGAAAGACUCUAGUAAAAGUGCUACAAUGCUGACAUUUUGUAUAUGUUCAGAAAGAGUGAGGAUUCUGGCAGCCUUUACCCUGUGAGCAUUAGAGCUGGAACCUGAGUGGACUGUAGCUGGGAUCACAGCUUUCUCUCCUCAGAUGUUGGUUGAAUGGCAGGGUAAUCCUGUCACCGACUGUUUUAUCUAUAUUAAUUUUCUUAAACCAAUUUUGAAUCACUUGGCUGAUCGGCUUUCUCCCUUUGCCCCUCAGCCCCUCCCAGAGGGAAAGCAGCGGUGUAGGCUGAGCUGUUGCACCGGCAGAAGUCUGGUUUCUUGGCCAGGAGACUGGCGUUUGUUUCCACAUUUCUCUGCUUUGUACAUUUUUAUAUUGAGUGGGGAUUUCUUCCUCCACAUUUUUUUUUGAUGCUUUAAAAAGAGAUGUUUUGUCUUUGUGCUCAUUAGUUUCUAGAAUGUUUGGAGCCAGAUGUCAUCAAGUUAAAAGUUACAGUGUUCAGUUGGUUUGACUUUUGUUUGAGUUGCCUCCUUUGCAAAAUUCCCUUCCUUCUGUCUAUUUCCUGGAGUAGUGCAUUAUCCCUGAAAGGUCUCUGGGGAUCUCUGGCAGGCACCAGACAUGCCGUGCCUUCUAGUGCCAUUCCAAUCCCAUGUCUGAACCCAUCAUGUAAAAUAAAGCAGUUCCUGUGUUGGAUAUAACAAUUGCAACAAAUUUGAUUUGCCUCUCCCCAGCAUUCCCUCCUGAGGUAAAUAUUCCGCCUUGAAAAGGGAGAAGCUUGGCAUAUCCCUGAGUCAGUGGCCUAGUGACAGCUUUGUGGGACACCCUUUUAACAACCAGAAUUUCAUCCUGCAUUCACUUCCUGAGCCAGCUGAAGCCAGGAGCAUCACAUCAGCAACUAGCUGAAUUGGAGUGCCAGAAAGUCUUGUACCUCUAUCCGGUGGGAUGCUGCUGCUUAUUAGGAACAGGUGGAUUUCAGAAGCACUUAUGUAUCAUCUUCCCCUCGCUUCCACCAACACUUAUGCAUUUAAUUUCCUUCAGUUCUAGCUGCAGAAAUACCCCAACAGCAGGGGUCCUGGGAGCUGCUUCUGUUGUCACUGGUGCUGGGUAGAAGUCCCCUGCUUGCUUUAGCCGUGUCCUUUGGCACUAGCAGUUGCUGGAAGGAACCUUGCCAGAGGAACCUGCUGUCUGGAUACAAGUGGCUCAAGUAACCUCUUUAACUUAGCUAUUAGCCAGGCUCUUUCUCCCUGCCCUUUGCCCUGUUUAUUUUAUAUUUUCUUCUGUUCUGAAACUUUCCCCUGUGCUUGAGUGGCCUGGCUGUGAAGCACUGCCUUUCGCAAAGUGUCAAUAGAGCCAUGUUUUCCCUGUUUAAUAUUUCCAUUUGGGCCAGUUACAGUAAGCCAGAUUAAUAAGUGUCAGUGGGAGAAACAUGGGAUGCUUUCUUCCUUGUGCCAUACGGGACAUGAGAAUAAAUAUCAUCCCACAUCCAAAAAUCGAUACCAGCCCUUUGCCUCCCACUCCAUACAGUAGAACACUUUCCAGCCAGUGGUGCCCCUUUCCCAUUUAUAGAGCGAGGACGGACUCCAUAAGAGAAGAGAAGUCACAGCCAAAGAUGAAACAGGACAUAUCUUGCUGCACCAUAUGGGAUGGCAGCAUAAGGUAGUAAAGGAUACACACAGCCCAUGUAGCCAAGUCCCUGGGUCUUCUCUGGCAUAUUGCUGCUCUGUGAUCACUGUCUAUAUUUCUUGUACUAAAUAAAGUUUCUAGGAAUGUUUUAA